ACUUUCCUUUCCUUUUUUCUUUUUCCUCUGAAGCUUUCCCGCCUAGAGAGAGAGAGAGAGAGAAGAAAUGUGUGGAAGAACUCGAUGCAGUCUAAGAGCCGAUGACUUUCCAAGGGCAUGUCACCGCACCACCGCUCCUACUCGUCUUCUCCAUAUCGACCGGUAUAGGCCGUCGAAUAACGUGUCACCGGGAUUCAAUGUGCCGAUUAUUCGUAGAGAAGAUGGUUCUGAGAAUGAAGGUCAUGUUGUUCAAUGUAUGAAAUGGGGUUUAAUUCCAAGUUUUACUAAGAAAACAGAAAAACCUGAUCACUACAAGAUGUUUAAUGCUCGGUCUGAGUCCAUAGAUGAAAAAGCUUCAUUUCGUCGCCUGCUUCCUAAAAACAGGUGCCUUGUUGCAGUAGAUGGAUUUUAUGAGUGGAAAAAAGAUGGUUCAAAGAAACAGCCUUACUAUAUUCACUUCAAAGAUGGACGACCUCUUGUCUUUGCUGCUCUUUAUGAUUCAUGGCAAAAUUCUGAAGGUGAAAUACUAUACACAUUUACUAUUGUUACGACAUCUUCCUCUUCAGCAUUUCAGUCGCUUCAUGACAGGAUGCCUGUUAUUUUGGGUGACAAGGUUUCAACAGAUACCUGGCUAAGCAGUACUUCCGGUUUUAAGAGUGUGAUGAAGCCAUACGAAGAAUCUGAUUUGUCAUGGUACCCUGUAACACCUGCUAUGGGCAAGCCAUCAUUUGAUGGACCUGAGUGUAUAAAGGAGAUUCAAAUAAAGACAGAAGGGAACAUUCCAAUUUCUAAGUUCUUUUCAAGAAAGAGAGCUGUAGACGAAGACACGAAGCCAGAGCAUAAAGUAUGUCAUGAGCCUGUAAAGAUCGAACAAACAAAAGACCUCAGCGAAGAAGCUAAAACCGAGGAGGAGCGUGACAGCAACUUAAAAUCCAGUGGUUCUUCCCCUUCUCAAAAUGUAACCAAGUUCCCAAUCAAGCGUGAAUACGAUUCCAUUUCAUUUGAUUCCAAGCCAUCUUUAGCAAAUAUUGAUCAGGUGAGUGUAAACGCGGCAAAGAAAAAGGAAAAGGCUAAGGCUGUUGAUGAUAAACAACCAACCUUAUUUUGCUACUUUGGAAAAAGGUAACCACUGACCAGAUUUUGGUUUGCAUGAACUUAGAUUGUUGAUUACAAAUGUUCUGUAUUUAUGUAAAUUAUAUGUAGAACCAUUUUCUUCUAGCUCUUGCAUGUCCCAUAUAGAUCAGGUUUUAGUUGAACACCGCAUCCUGCAAUUACAAUGUGUAGUGUAUCUUCGUAGCCAAUGUGUAGUGUAUCAUCAAAGAUUGUAAACUAUUUUUAUCUUGCCGUAUCACAAAGAUUUAACUGACAAUUAAAA